GCCUCGCACACUUUCACGCGUCGGUGCGCGAGCACUCACAAACUGUCAGAUUACCGGCGAUGAAUCACGGGCCUAAACCGUCUGAUCCCUGAAGUUAAUCAGACACCGGACAGGUCUGACCCACGGACGACCAACAUGAGCGAGAGGUUUCUGGUCGUGCCGGUGGCGCACGCCGAAGAGAGCGCGUUUGGAGACGAAGCGGACGGAGACUCUGUGUUUGACGCCGGUGCCGGUGAGGGCGAGCGCGCGGAGCGGCGGGGAUCGGUGCCCAUCCUCCGGUACAGCAGAGAACCCAACAAAUACGGUGAUGGAAACCCAAGGGAAAGCAGCCCCUUCAUCAAUAACACAGAUGAUAAUAAGGGAAAUCUAUAUGAUGGGAAAAACAUGGCACUUUUUGAGGAGGAGAUGGACAGCAAUCCCAUGGUGUCUUCACUGCUCAGCAAACUGGCCAACUACACGAACCUCACGCAGGGCGUCAGGGAACACGAGGAGGCCGACGAGGAUGAAGGUGCCAAGAGGCAGACAGUCAAGAGUCCACAGAUGGGGACGUUUAUCGGGGUCUACCUUCCCUGCCUGCAGAACAUCCUCGGAGUGAUUCUCUUCCUGCGAAUGACGUGGAUUGUGGGAACGGCGGGAAUCCUGGAGGCCUUUAUCAUUGUGACCAUGUGCUGCUCGUGUACUAUGUUGACAGCCAUAUCAAUGAGUGCCAUUGCUACAAACGGUGUUGUUCCAGCUGGAGGCUCGUACUACAUGAUCUCUCGCUCUCUGGGCCCGGAGUUCGGAGGCGCUGUGGGUCUGUGUUUCUAUCUGGGCACCACAUUCGCCGGUGCCAUGUACAUCCUCGGGACUAUCGAGAUCCUCUUGACGUACAUAGUGCCCAACACUGCCAUCUUUAAGGCGGAGGAGAAGGCGGAGGAGGCGGAUGCUCUGCUGAAUAACAUGCGUGUGUACGGGACGUGCUGUCUGACGCUCAUGGCUCUCGUGGUCUUUGUCGGUGUGAAGUACGUCAAUAAGCUUGCUCUGGUCUUCCUGGCCUGUGUGGUGCUGUCCAUCCUGGCCAUCUACGCCGGGGUCAUCAAAACCAUCUUUGAACCUCCGGUUUUUCCGGUCUGUUUGUUGGGCAACCGCACCCUGCAGAACCACGGCUUUGACAAGUGCAUGAAGACAGAAAUAAUAGACAACGUGACCGUGACCACGAAGCUUUGGUCUCUGUUCUGUAAAGGUCCGGAGCUCAACGCCAGCUGCAAUGAAUACUUCAGCCUCAAUAACGUCACGGAGAUCCAGGGCAUUCCCGGCCUCACCAGCGGAGUCAUUUCAGAGAACUUGUGGGGAAGCUACGGUCCCGCUGGCAUGCUGGUGGAGAAGGCCAUACCGUCGGUGCCGGCGAGCGACGCGUCUCAGGACAAACACAUGCCGUACGUCGUCAAUGACAUCACUGCCUUCUUCACGCUGCUGGUGGGAAUCUACUUCCCCUCCGUCACGGGCAUCAUGGCUGGAUCCAACAGAUCCGGGGAUCUGAGAGACGCUCAGAGGUCCAUUCCCAUCGGCACCAUCCUCGCCAUCGCAACCACCACCAUCAUCUAUCUGUCGUGCGUGGUGGUGUUCGGCGCCUGCAUCGAGGGUGUGGUGCUCCGAGACAAGUUUGGAGACUCUGUUAAAGGGAAUUUGGUGAUUGGCACGUUGUCCUGGCCCUCUCCAUGGGUGAUCGUGAUUGGCUCGUUCUUCUCCUGCUGUGGGGCGGGGCUUCAGAGUCUCACCGGCGCCCCCCGGCUGCUGCAGGCCAUCGCGCGGGACGGCAUCGUGCCCUUCCUCCGGGUGUUUGGUCAUGGGAAGGCCAACGGAGAGCCGACCUGGGCUCUUCUUCUGACGGCUGUGAUCUGUGAAUGCGGGAUUCUCAUCGCUUCUCUGGACGCUGUGGCGCCAAUCCUUUCCAUGUUCUUUCUCAUGUGUUAUCUGUUCGUGAAUCUGGCCUGUGCCCUGCAGACGCUGCUGAGGACGCCCAACUGGAGACCACGGUUCAAAUACUACCACUGGGCUCUUUCGUUUCUCGGCAUGAGUUUGUGUCUGGCUCUGAUGUUCAUUUCCUCCUGGUACUACGCUCUGGUGGCCAUGCUCAUCGCUGGAUGCAUCUACAAAUACAUCGAGUACCGCGGGGCGGAGAAGGAAUGGGGCGACGGGAUCCGCGGUCUGUCGCUCAACGCGGCGCGAUACGCUCUGAUUCGAUUGGAGGAGGCGCCGCCGCACACCAAAAACUGGAGGCCUCAGCUGCUGGUGCUGCUCAAUCUGGACUCUGAGCUGUCGGUGAAACACCCUCGUCUCCUGUCCUUCACCACGCAGCUGAAAGCAGGCAAAGGUCUGACCAUCGUGGGCUCGGUGCUGGAGGGCACGUACCUCACCAGAGAGAGCGACGGCAAAAGAGCAGAACAGAGCAUCAAAUCAGCCAUGGCGGCAGAGAAGACGAAGGGUUUCUGUCAUGUUGUGGUGUCGUCAAACCUGCGCGACGGCUUCUCUCACCUCAUCCAGUCAGCGGGACUCGGAGGAAUGAAGCACAACUCUGUUCUGAUGGCUUGGCCCGCGAGCUGGAGACAAUCCAACGACCCGCAGUCCUGGAAGAACUUCAUAGAAACCGUCCGAGAGACCACUGCCGCCCAUCAGGCCCUGCUGGUGGCCAAGAACGUGGACAGUUUCCCUCACCAGGAGCGUCUCGCUGAAGGAACCAUCGACGUGUGGUGGAUCGUUCAUGACGGCGGCUUGUUGAUGCUCCUGCCGUUCUUACUGCAGCAGCACAAGGUGUGGAGGAAGUGCAAGAUGCGCAUUUUCACAGUGGCUCAGUUGGAUGACAACAGCAUCCAGAUGAAGAAAGACCUGCAGAUGUUCCUCUACCACCUCCGUCUGAAUGCUGAGGUGGAGGUCGUGGAAAUGGUGAGGAGAUGCUUCUUCUUGACAUAACGAUCUAAAGUUGGUUUUGUUGUGCUGCAGGACUGCAUGAUUUUUGCCUGGAUUACAGAGCCAGAAGACGAGUAGAUCAUCGCUCACGUCCUUUAUGCUGAUUUAUGUGUUCAUAGCAUUAGUGUUAGCUCCGCCCUUCAGAAACCUCUUCCCAUCAUGCAUGUGUCAUGCAUGAUCAGUGAUAUCAUCAUGUCAUGCACCACCAUCUUUCAGCACUUGUGACCCCACGUGAAUGUGAAUGCCCCCCUUUCCUUUCAUUCCCUCAUGUUUCUCU